UGUGGUAACUCAUGACGACCGAACGUCAGUGUCAGAUUAAAACGAGUAUAGGGUAGUGUAGCACAAAUUAUAAAGGUUUUAAAAUGGCAUAUAAUUCCGGUAGUCCGUAUAGAGGAGCUCCACAACAACAACAACAACAACAACAAUACAAUAACGCAGCGCCGGGACCGGAUCAAGGUUUUCUUUGGAAUAUAUUUCAGAGAGUGGACAAGGACAGGAGCGCCGUGAUAUCAGACACAGAGCUGCAACAGGCCUUAUCGAACGGUACAUGGACCCCAUUCAAUCCAGUGACGGUCCGAUCAAUCAUAUCCAUGUUUGACAGGGAGAACAAAGGAGGGGUGAACUUCAAUGAGUUUGCGGGCGUGUGGAAGUACAUCACGGACUGGCAGAACAUCUUCCGCACCUACGACAGAGACAACUCGGGCUUCAUCGACAAGAACGAGCUGAAGCAGGCACUGACUGGAUUCGGGUAUCGUCUCUCAGACCAGUUCUACAAUACUCUCAUAGAGAAGUUUGACAGGCAGAGGAAGGGACAAGUGGCCUUCGAUGACUUCAUCCAGUGUUGUAUUGUUCUACAGAGGUUGACCGACGUGUUCAGGAGGUACGACACGGACCAAGACGGCUGGAUCCAGGUUUCCUAUGAACAGUAUCUAUCCAUGGUGUUCAACGUUGUAUAGUAAAGACAAGAGCAGAACUGGACACAAUUGUGCCAAAGCCAAAUCCUUCCCACCUCCACAACAUGUCUUCCUGGAUAAAGAUGACCAAAACACAAGUGGACUGGGACUCUGGGUUAGGAUAUAACAACAUUACGUACUGUCUGUCAUUGUUUAUAAUGUUUGUUUAAUAUCUGAAUCUUAUCUUGAUAAUGGUAAAGGCCUGAAUAUCUGUGUUUAAGGUAAACCUGCAUUGUACAUAUCAUUUAGGACAAAUAACUGCAUGCUUCCGGAGGACUUCUGCCAAUGUUCAAAGCAUGCCCUCUAUCUCAGAUCUAUUUUGCUGAAGCCAUGUUUACAAACACUGUGACAGCAGGUUAUGGUGGGGCACAAAGCCUGCUUUUAGAUUCACUGACAUGCCAGCUAAUGCCAUAUUUCUAUAGUCUUAUUUUUAAUCAGCAAAUGCAUUUAAAAAAACAAAGUUAGAGCCUAUUAGGAUUUGAGGUAAAAUAAGCGUAUGCUUUUGUAUUGCUUUUUUUGUGUGUGCAUGAUGCCUUAAACUGUAUAAAUGCAAGAUUAACAUCUUUUGUUAAAAAAGAAACCUGAAAAAAAGUUGUGAGCUCUGAAUUGAACGUGUGGUGUGCAAAGACUAAACAGUUUUGCUGUUGAGGCAACAGUGUAACUUAUUACUGUAUACAAUUAUUGACGGAAGAUAGUCAAUGUGGUCCUCUGUAGCUCGGUUAGCAGAGCGUGGUGCUUGCAAGGCCAGGAUAGUGAGUUUGAUUCCUGAGACCACCCAUACAAUAUGUUAAAUAUAUGCAUGAAAGCCAGUGCUAAAUGGCAUAUUAUACGAUGAAUGGAUAAAAUUGUCAUGAUUUAUUGUAUGGUACAAACCUUUGAAAGAUUUGUGAAGAGGUAGAUUUAGUCCGAGAGGAGUAGAGCCCCACAGUGGAGGUGUUGUAAAAGCCAUAAAACCUAAUGGUGACAAAGGGAAAUGGUUCCAAUUGUUUUUCCAAAGGGGAUUUUACGAAACCGGUACAUUUUGACAAUUUAUUAAUUACUACAUUUAGUUAACAUUAGAUCGUUAAUCCACAGAUUCUUACCUUUGCCUAGAUUUGGCAGUCUCGUCCAGAUCAUCAUCAUGGGCUCCCGAGUGGCGCAGCGGUCUAAGGCCCUGCAUCUCAGUGCAAGAGGCAUCCAGGUUGAAUCACAUCCGGCUGUGAUUGGGAGUCCCAUAGGGCAGCGCACAAUCGGCUCAGUGUCAUCCGGGUUAGGGUUUAGCCGGGGUAGGCUGUCAUUGUAAAAAAUAAUAAUUUGUCCUUAACUGACUUGGCUAGUUAAAUAAAAAGCAAAUACAUUUGUAGUUCUUUAUGAUAGCCACAUUAGCAUUUCAUUUGUUGGGGAUAAAUACAGAUGAAUAUAUUGAUAAGUCACCUUGUCCGAGAGAGAUUUAGAAGGUUAUCAAAACAUCACACCAGGGCAAGCUUACAUGAAACAAAGCCCUUAUUUUAAGUGCUUCUAAAGUCCCCUAUGGGAGAAAUGAAUGGUGGAACAACAAUUGGAACCAUUUCCCUGUUUGACUGCUAGGUUUUAUGGGUAUUGUGGUACUCUAUAGGUGGUUAAACCAAAGGUACUUCUAACGUGUGGUUAAGCACUUCUCCAGAAAAUGAACCUCUGUACAGUGAUGUGCACUGCAGUGCAAGAAAUUGCGCAACUUUGCCCUCUCCUGUCUGCUUUGGUGUAUUUACACCGGUACAUGCUCCAAUUAUGUACAGUAUCUUCCUUCCACGUUUGCUAAGUUUCUGGGGGAACUUGCGAGGUGUUGCACAUUGUUAGUAAACAUUUGAAAGUU